CACGAAUUUGACCAAAAUAAUUCCUAUCAAAGUACAUUGCGACAAAACUUCAAUUUCCUCAUCACCGUUCAUCAACGCAAAAUACCGCCAAGAUGACAAAGAGAACCAAGAAGGUCGGAGUCACCGGUAAAUACGGUACCAGGUAUGCGAUUAUUCCAGCUCUAUACACCUGAAUAUCAUGAGGAGGAAGAAUGUACGACUUUCCAACACAUUGUUGAGUAAAUGAUGGGAACGGUGGGAUCGAGAAAAUUUUAACAAUGAGGGAAAAUCGACAAUUCAACGACUGCGGGUGGAAUCGAAAAAGGAAUCAAAUGGAUGGAAAAACAAUUGACUAAUUGCUUUACUUCCACAACAGAUACGGUGCAUCCCUCAGAAAGCAAGUCAAGAAGAUGGAAAUCACUCAACACGCAAGAUACGUCUGUACCUUCUGCGGAAAGACCACCGUCAAGAGACACUCCGUCGGUAUCUGGGAUUGCAAGUCAUGCAAGAAGACCGUUGCUGGAGGAGCUUACACCGUCACGUAUGUUUUAGGAUUCACCAUACUCCACUCAACCCAUAAUUUCGAAAUGGCGGAGUUCAACUUACUAACAUUCGACAACAGAACCCCUGCAGCUGCCGCCAUGAGAUCGACUCUUCGUAGAUUGAGAGAAAUUGCUGAGGUUUAAAUGGCUUGGGAUUGAUGGUUGUUUCUACGAGUACUUUUUUCUGCGGCAUGGGAUUGGGAAAAGCAUCGCAUUGCAUGAUCGAUGUCGAUAUUCGAUGAGGCCGAAUAUAGAAGAAUAAAACCAUACCUUGCCUCAACUCCGAAGUUCCUUACA